AUGCAGUCCCAGGGCAGCACUUCCUCUCAGCCCUCCUUCGAUUCCCUGAGCUCCAGCGACAGCCUCUUGUUCAGCGACUCGGAGCAGGCGGAGGACGACACGGAUGUCUUCCUGACCGACGGCUCUUCUUCUGUCAUCAUCGGUGGCGUGGGCGGGGCCGUGGCCAAUAGAGACAGAGGAUCGGAGAGUCCCGGGUCCCAGUGGACGUGCGAUGGCUUCACCGAUAAAGAGGAAGAGGAGGAGGCAUACAGGUCGGAGAGCAGCGGCAAGGCCGCUCACAUCAACUUGGGCGAGACGGAUCCUACGAGCCAGAUCCCGAAAUCACAGGGAGACCUGCUGUUUGCUCAAAAGUGUGCUGAGCUGCAAGGUUUUGUCAGGCCCCUGCUGGAGCUGCUGAAUGGCCUGAAGAGGGGCCGAUUCGAUCGCGGUUUGAGUACUUUCCAGCAGAGUGUUGCCAUGGAUCGAAUCCAGAGGAUUGUAGGGGUUUUGCAGAGACCUAACAGCGGGGAGAAGUACCUGAACACUCUCCUCCAGGUGGAGAUGAUGCUGAAGCUUUGGUUUCCUCAGAUCACCACUCAGCCUGUCUCUGCAGCUUCCAGCGUCGUCACAUCGCCCGCUCGAUCCCUCCAAGACACUUCUAGCUCCACCCCGCCGCACAAGCACAGGGAUCAGUUACAUAUUCCCGUCAAGAAGCGCAGACUCAGCUGGACAAGUACGGACUCCCCAGCGCCCUCCCCUGUGCUUCUCAAGUGCCCUCGUAUCAGUGCAGAAGAGAAGAGGGUGAAGCAAGAUCACGCUAAAAGGGACAGCCCUCCUCCGUCGUCGACAUCUGACGCCGACCAAAAUUCGCCAGAUGUGGCUGCUAACAGCCAGCUAAAUGAGGACACAAAGAGAAAGGACAGUGACAGCGAGAAACUAGGCAAGCCAUCGAACUACAAAGCAGGUCAAAGCUCUGAGCCAAGCCUGACGUGGGUUCACAUCGCCCCCAUCCUGUCCCCACGAAAGGCCUGCCCUUCACAUGAGGGCACAACAGUGGGAGGUCACAAUGACAACCGGCCUGUCACUGCCGUCCUUCCACCCGGCAGGCGGGGCAGUCCAGCUACACAAGACAGCUCUAUCUCUUCUACCACACCCUACAAGCACCCCAAAAAUCUGAAGAAGCCAAUCCGGUGCCAAAGCCAGCCCGUCGCUGGACAACAGAGUGAGACCAUCGAGAUCAGUCAGGAUCAAAAUCAAUCUCCUCAGCCUUUGCCCAGGCUGUGCACCACCCCCUUAGAGACCUGAUGCAUUGAACAAGCAAAGAGCCGGCAGCUCUGCUUCGUUACACCACCAGGCCAAGAGCUGCUGUUAAGAAGGAAAAAAAAGAAGAAGAAGAAGGGAAGAGGCUAAAGGCCUGUAAUUAUAGAUGCAUUAAAGAGAGGAAGUGGAGGAAAGAAUUGUGGGUGAUAUAUGUUGAAGACAAAUGAUGGAUCACACGCAACCCCUCAUCAAGACCACACUUACAACAGUUAUUUCAAACAACGGGACAUGUGUAAAUGAAUCAAAUCUAUCAAGAGUUGAUAAUCACAAUUAAAUAAUAAUCUAAACACCUGCACAAAAGGUGGAGUUGAGGGGCAUAGGAAAUCAUCUGAAGCUCAAAGGCUGAUACAGCUGAUUGAGUAAUGAUCAAUAAAAGAGAUUUGUGAGGAUUUUUCGAGGAGCAAGUAAUUGUUUCUCUUCAGCAUGAAAGCAAUCAAUAUAUUGAGAGAUGAAUGUUUCGGCAGACAUACUCCAUCUGAAAGGCUGAUUUCAAUAUUGAGAGUGAAAGCUUCCAAGGUUUAUUGUGAUGAGGUAAUUCUAGUUAGGAUUCAAACCAGAGUGAGCAACACAGGGUGAGCUGAAUUUUAUUCUAGUCUCAUGGUGGGACACAGGUUUGACCUUACAUUCACUUGUAGAUAGAAUCGAGGCAUCCGACUCGAAGAGGAAACGUGACAUUGACAUCAUUGAAAAUCAUGUAGCUAGUGAUGUGACAAAUACGGUGUACAGAACGCAGCAUUAUACUGUACAUGUGGUGCGUCAUUGGAGAUGGUGGGGGAAAAAAUGAUGUCAACAACUCACGAAUGUAAUCCAAGAACUGUCCGAGCGCUUGGCUGGCAGAUCUGCGGCAGGGCAUCGAGAGGAGUGACAUCACAGCGAUCAGAGGUCACAUAACCUCUCCUGCCGUGAUCAGAUGUCCUCGGUCCUCGAUUUGCAAACAUUAAAAUCCAGGAAGGACCAGCUGGAGGAAGAAAACAAGGACCACUCAAAAGACAUAUGACUCUCGAGUCCCAUAGUUAAUUUAUUCAUGUGUAGAUCGGACACUGCAUUUUAUUUAUUGUUUGUAUUUAUUUAUUGGGCAGCUGAAUAUCGCCCGCUGUGCACUUGCACAGUUUGGCCUACAAUUUGUUUGAGGCGAUUGGGAAGAUGCUGUUGACAGUUUGUUUGUGGUUUUUAUUGCUUAAAAAAAACAACGAAGGAAGUGAAAUCUUAAGAUUGGACUAUUGGACUACUGUGCCUUUUACCAAAUAGGAUGUGUUCAGAAAAGCAUUUGGUGCUUUCAGUGCAUUCAUACUGCGUUUUGAUUGUUUGCUUUUAUUUCACAAAACCAGUACACAUUCAAUCAUGAAAAGCCUACAUGUAGUCAUUUUUCUCUCGCUUCAGAAGUUACACACAGCAUCAAAACCAACAGUAUCAUGGACUGUCCAUCUCCUGCUUAAAAACCGGCGUCCAGCUCGUAGUAAUCUGACAUCUACAGUCAAUCCAAACUGCCUGUAUCUCCAACCUUUACACACACACCAACAGCAGUGGCUACUAUUUGUCAUGUAGUUUUAAAGUGAAGCCUUCCUUUGGGGCGUUUCUUUUGGUUCUGAUCAACAGGGGAACAGACUGAACUGCACUUACAGCUGGUUCUCUUGAAAACUUGAAAGAACAGAGAAAAUAUAAACGUAUGGGAGGAAAUAUUUAUUUGCACCACCCUCUACUGCUGCUAUUGUUCUAAUUCCAGUUCUGAUUUAGAUAUCUGAUAGGAGGCUCGCUCUUUAUUUGGAAAUCUGCUCACAAUAUUCUUCUAAA